AUGGACUGGCUUGCCGACUGCCGAGAUCAAGCUCUCCAACACCUUGCGAUCAAGCAAAUGCGAACUGGCCAAAUCGCUUCAUUGGCCGAGAGGAGAAGAUCGUCGGGUCGAACUCCAAUCCAGCGACCGGUUAUGGAAAGCCCUGAAUUGCUUCAUCCGGAAAAGCCGUCGCCGAUCCUGGCUCUUCCUGCUGAAUUGAGGGAUAUGAUAUACUGUUCGCUUUUCAACGAGGAGAAUGUGCAACUGAUCAAGCCUGCGUAUCGCUUUCCUGGCCUCUUGCUUGCCAAUAAACAAAUCCAUCGCGAAGCGACAGGGCUGUUCUACGCAAACAGCACGUUCCGAUGCUUGGAUGAGGAUUCGGCGGUACGGUGGCUCACAAACUUACCCGCAAGAUGGCUAGAACUUGUCCCGGAGGUCAGAUACGAUACGAGAUGGAUCAUCUUCAUCACGCCGGUAAUUCCUGUUCCUGGAGCCGAAUUCUGGCUCUACCGAAGUCUUGUCCGACGUUUGGAGGAGAGAAAUUUCGAUCUGAAGGUGUUGCAAGGCCCAGGGGCUGGAGCAGUCGCGGCGAGAGAAGAGGAAGGGUGGGCUGGAGAGGUCAGUGAGGAGAUGCAGAAAGGGACUGGAAGGUUGAAGAUUAGUUAUUACCAGAGUGGCGAGGGAGGUUGCAUUCGAUGGACGGACAAGCCUGGUUUGAUCGAGGUUGUGAGUCAGUGA